GAGAUUUCAAACUAGUACACGUAAGACUUCACAUGUACGAAUGAAAUUGUAAAACUGAACGUAUAAUAUUACAUGCAUCUAUACAUACAUUGUUAUGCAAAAUUAUACUUUAGGAUUUACAAUUUUAGUGAUUCGUAAAAUUUUAUAUGUAAAAGUUAAAAAUAUACCAUAAAAAUUCUUAAUGUUACCCUUGCGAUCGCUUGCCUCUCUGUAAUGUGCCAAAGCGUUUAAAAAUUUGAUAUUUUUAUCGCAAUGUGUAUUAGGUAUAUUGAUUUAGAGGCCUCAGAUUUCGUAUUUACAAUUUAGAUUUGCAAUUUACUUGGUAUGGUUGGGUUACAAGUUUAGGAUAGAGUAUUGCUUUCUUCCUAGGAAGACUUCUAAUCUUGAUUAUUAAAGAUUAUAGAUGCAGUCCACAAAACAGCCUAACCAUUACAACUUGAAUAAGUGUCGAACCGAAGUGUUCUAGAAAACCGCUGCCAAAUUUUUAGCACGUAGCUUUCUUCAACAUUAAUUAUUGCUUUACUAUUUUUUUACUUUCUUUAUAAGGAAGGUUUAUAAUAGUAAUUUUUGGAGUUUGUGUAUUUUCUGAUAUAGUUAUUGGAAAAGUUGAUAAAUGUAAAGCUGCUUAAUAUAUAAGUGUUAAUAAGAAUCAAAUCAAUUUAUUAAUUAGAGAGAGAGAGAGAGAGAGAGAGAGAGAGAGAGAGAGAGAGAGAGAGAGAGAGAAUUAUAAUUGAUUAUGUCAAUGGAAUUGAUUUUAAAUAAUUUUAACUACCAAUCGAAAAAGUACAAAAACUAUAUAGAAUUAUAUGCGAAGUAAAAAUAAUUCUGAUAUUAAAGCAAUACAUAAUAUUGAAGGAAUCUAUGUGACAAAGAAUUGGCAGCCGUUUUUUAUGUUUUCUUAGAAAAAUAGAUAUAAGAACGAAUCUUCGAAACCAAAGCAGCAUUUUCAAAUAAGGUCGUCAAAAUAUUCCUAACUCCAAUAUCCGCCAUGUGUUGGCGGAUCUUUCCCCCCUCCCCCUCUAAGAUCAUUCGGGCACUUCUGGGAUGCAACUCCCCGUUUAAAGUUGGUUCCUUCCCUAAACCCAUGUGAGUAUGCGGGUUGUAUGUGUUUUUUUAUGUAGCGUAGGCAGAGCAAGCUCUGCCAAAGUGGCCCUUCGACACCGAAUCCCCAAAGAUACUAUUGUUGAACAAUACUUCCGCGGAGCCUGUUAACUAGCCUAUUUGGAUUUAUUUAUUAAGAGGAUUUGGAUUUAUUUAUUAAGGAGCACUUAAAGGUUCUCAACCCAAUCUCCUACGUUCCCCUGCAUCGGGCAGGGAAGCAAGAGCUUAAUUCUGAGACCUACGUUCCUCUGCAUCAGUCCGAGAAGCGUUUCGUAUCUACUACCUAGUGGCCUUCGUCUAGCAACAGUUUUAUUUAGCUAUUUCUCCUUGUCCUUCCCUUCUAUUCUCUUCGUCAUUUCUAACCUUCGUGAGAAUGGUCCUUACGUAGUUGUUUACUGUACACCAACCAUCUUUCGACGUUAGCAUAGCUGUCAUCAUUGACUCAUCGAAUACAAGAAAUGUUUUUUCAAUUUACUAAUCGCCAAUGUCUCCGAAGAUAUUGCUCGAAGAUCUUCGUGAUAUAAAAACUUUAUUAUGUACUCUUCAAGAGUUUUACACCACAAUCGGUUGCGAUUUAAUCGGCGAUUAUUAAAAAUUGAUUAAGCAAUCGAUCGUCUAUAGCUCCGAAACUAUCGGUCGGAUAAUUUUGCAGGAUAACAACUUUUUGAUGUACAGUGUAAGAGCUACGCUACACAACACAGUCACGGCAGCAUACAUGCAUAUUCACAUACGCACACACACGUGCAUACACAUAUACACGAGGUACUUACAUAAAUAUAAGCCGUAGCAGCCUCUAUAAGUGGAGAACGAGCGUACCUACCAACCAACGGAUGCAGACUAACAUUUUUAUAGACAUCCAGCAUAUAAAUGCGCAGAUAAUUUCUUUUUAUACUACUAGAUUAGAUAUUUUAAUUUGAAAAUUGCUGAUAUUUUGCUAAUACAAGCGUUUAUAGAUACUAAAUUAUCAGGUUUUUUGCUUCUGUGUAGCCUGAAUAUCAUUGUCAUCGAAACUCGACCUUCUUAAGAAGGUUUUAUUCUAAUCAUAAGCGAAAAACUUCCUCUAUUUGGUGAGAUUCGUAGCUUGAUGACACUAUAAAAGAGGCCUGAGUUGAGCAGCAUGCCAUCGAACAGUAUUUAGCUGUAAUCACGUAAACUUCGUAGAGAGACUAGAGCAAUCUACAAUGGACAAGCUACAACUGUUGAGAAUGGUCCUAACCGUCUUGAGUGCGGUACUACGCGAGCCGAUAACACGCAUGGUUUGUCGUGAAGGGCGGCGACGUUCUUUCAAACAUUGUUCGGUCAACGUUUUAUUGAAACAACUUAAAUUUAUUCUCGAUUCCUAUAGACCGUGCCCGAUUAUGUAUUUAUUUAAACGCAGUUUGUUGGAAAGCGAGGUGGAUGUUAUCCGUGCUCUCGGCGAGCUCUUGGGUUGCGGAAUGCAAGAUGCCUGGCAAGUUCAAGCCAUUAUGCAACAAUAUCGGCUGAUUCAGGAUCUUGACAAAAUGAUGGCUGACACUGAAGGAGAUGCUCUGAUUAAGCUCGUACAAUUGGAUAACGACGACAAUGAUGAUGAUGAUGAGGAGGAGCAGAAACCUACAGUCUUCAAAAUGGAGGCAGACGAGAUAUCGUCGGGCAUUGCGCCGAUAGACAUGAACAGUGUCACUGCAACAGUCCUCAAGGUGGAAGAUGACGACGACGACGAGCCAUUACCAGUUGUCCAGCCAGUAAACGCAGCUAGUUCUAAUGCUACUACUACUACUGAGUCACAGUCAGCAUUACCUGCUGCUGCUGCUGCUGCUUCUGAUGCUACUGCUACUGAUGUUGUUGCUGCUGCUAUGAACACCAAUGCCGAUCAGAGAUUGAGACAUUGCCAGCAGCAGUAGCAGUAUUAAAACACGUGACAAAAGUUGAAAACGCUGAUGAGGAAAUCCACGAAGAUGAUGAUAACGACGACGACGACGCAGCAGUCUCAGAUACAGCCUUCUUCUCUUCCUCCUCCUCCGACGACGAUUCAUCUUCAGACACUGACACGGCAAUUGAGGAAACAUUGGGACGCAGUACCGCAGUGGAUGCAACUGGCGGAGGAAGUUAAUGUAAGAGUUUUCUCUCGCAAAGGAAUAAAAUGUAAAAGCGUGCAAAAAAAAUUAUAAAAUAUAAAUUAGCAUUAUGGUUGCAGGAGGGCGCUGGUGCUGAACAGUCAGCGCGAUAAUACAUAAUGAUUCACCGAGAGUUUUUCAGAUAUUAUCCGUUCUUCUAUCUGAAUAGUCGAGAGGAGCUGAUCACCAUCAGACGACUACCAGCCAAUACGGAUGUCACAGAGUGGCUAGCGCAUGCUAUUUAUGAACUUUACAGGUAUGUGUGCGAAAAUACAGCACCAAAGACUUUAUCGGUAUAACUAUAAUCUCGGAACACUUUAGUCAGGGUGGAGUUUGGAUUUCUUAUAGACUAGUGCGAGAACUAGUAGCAGAAGAAAUAGUAGACUACUUCAGAGUAUUGCACAAAGUCACGGAGGUUUCGAGAUUGAUCACACACUAUUGAUUAAUGUUAAUACCGUGUCCAUGCCUCAAGGAGCGGGUCAUUUUGCGCUCACUACCGAGACCACAUUCAAACUGUCUAUUUUAAUCAUUCGAAGCACGGGUAACCUCUGCCAACCUCGCACACUUGUUUGCGCACAUAUGUACAGUGUUCCUGGCGACGUUUGCACGGGGUUUAUGCAGGAAAUGUUGGGUAGAAUUAGACACUGUAAUGGCAAAAAAGGAGGCUGUAAAACUCGAUAAAAGUGCUAGAGUUGUCAUACCCUAGGCUGGCUGCAGGAUACUAGAGAUCAAACUUUUUCAAGAAUAUAACGCAUGUCUAGAUGUCGCUAUUGUAGUAUAUUCAUUUCAAGGGUUCUCUCGAGGCGAUAAGCCCAUAUACGAUGCAUCUGAUUAUGUUUAUAAUGUCGGCAAUACUUGUUAGAUUUACUCUUCGUAUUAUGCAUUACGAGAGUAGUCGACAUUAUUAGACAAUUUUAAACUUGGUAGCUGCAGCUGGUAGUAGGAGAUAUUGAAUACCAUGCAAUAAAGAAGUGACGAAUAAAAAGAAUCACAGGUGUCCGGACAAGUGUCGUAGCUAUCUGCAGGAACCGCCUUGCGAACGAGACCGAGCUGACAGCCGUACUGUGUGUCCACACUGUAAUAGAAUAUUUUUGAGUCAGAUGUGCUUUUUGAAUCAUCUGAAGUCGGAAUAAUUCGAUAAGAAUCCCACAGUACGCACGAGUUUAAAAAUUUGAGCCAACAAUAAAAUUUCUCACAGUUGCGAUUAAUUAUCUAGUAAAGUUUGUAAGCUGAUGCAAUUAUCAAACAUCUUUGCUUCAUGCAACCUGUAGCUGCAACACGACAGCAGGCUAGUAAUAGUAAUAGUAGUAGUAGUAGUAGUAGUAGUACAAAAAAGCAGACUUUGUACUUAUUCUACCAUUUUGAAAAACAAAAGUGUAAAGCAGGUGUGCACCGCGUGUCUAGAUAGCGAAAAUAUUUCGGAGUCAUGUAAUUUUUGCGGGGUACGAGAGCAUGUGUUCAGGGAUAAUUCGAUAAAGCAUUAGUGGAAUUGGCGUUGAAUCGUAGGAAAAAUAUUAGAGACUUGAUCUGCAUGGCUCACAAUGCUCAAGGAUUUGACGCGCAGUUCGUGCUGAAAUUCUUGGUGGGAUGUAAAGAUUUCCGUGGAACACCAACCGUAAUUCUUAAUGGCUCAAAAAUAAUUAUGAUGAAGUUUGAACAUAUAAAGUUUCUUGAUAGUAUACAUUUUUUACAGGUGGUUUUGAGUGAUCUACCAAAGGCUUACGAGCUUGGCAGCGAUAUUGAGAAGGGCACAUUUCCCCAUUUAUUUAACAGACUGGUGAAUUAGAAUUACGUGGACGAGAUGCCGCCCGUAGAAUGAUUCUCGCCGGACUUGAUGGGUGUCGCUGAGCGCGAGACUUUCUUAGAGUGUUACAGAACAGAAUAUACGAUGAAAAUUCAAUAUGGUACCAAUUUCUUCACAAAUGGAAAAUGCUAAAAAAACGUUAAAAUGAGAGUAUUGAGUCUUCAAAAUAUCUG